AUGUCACCAGGUCAAGCGCAGAACAUACCAGUGUCGCCGGAAGGGCUUUAUGAGCAUAAUGGCGGAGAUGGUGUGCAGCACCAUGAACAAACAGGGCGACGGAAGAGUGGAACCACAGCUGCUCAAAGUGAUGAUAAAUCCGACAACAAGCAGUCAUCUAUCUCCGAGUUGAUUAAGUUUUUAUUUCCAUUCUUUGUUUCAUUGAAUACCAAGGGCUUGAACCUGGCUUUCGGUGCCUUCCUGUACGGGUACAAGGAUAUUCAAGUUGAUUCAUCCGUAUCGUACUUAUCAGUCUCUUGGAUCGGGUCGAUAUACGCUAGCGUUCUCCUGCUGUUGUUCCCUCUUGUGAAGUGGAUGUUUGAUCAAUUGAAGCCCAAAAAAGAUAAACACAGAGGUUAUGUUUUGGUAGUAGGGGCACUAUGCAUCACUAUCCGCACCGCCUUUCUUAUAGCGAGUGCCAGUGUGUCCUCAUAUGAGGGGCUUAUCAUCAUGCAUGGCUGUGUCGUUGGAGUGAUGGAUAGUGUGCUGUACGGUCUGGCUGUCAUCUAUCUCGAUGCUAAUCAGAGGAAACGCCCUUUAAUGUGGACGGGAUUCAUUCGUCUCGGGGCCAGCAUUGGUGGUGUUGUCCAUACCGCAAUUCUCAACGGGUGUCUACCCACUAUAGGUUUCCCAUGGGGGAUUCGAAUCUGUGCCAUCUUGGGAGUAGCAACCAUGCUUCCGACUAUAGCCUUCCUGCCGCCUCUGGAGCCGGUGUAUGCAGAAAAGGACUUGUCUUGGUCUUGGUCAAGGCUACUGAUAUUUGAGGACAUUGUGGGAGAGAAAGAAUUCGAAGAUGGGACUAAGCCGAAAAAUUCAGGACCCUCUUUUGUUCUGGCAUUAUUUGGCAUGCUCUGCCUUUUCGGAGGCUUAUACUAUGCAUUCCACUUUAUUGUCCUGUAUGGCGUGCAUUCGGCACACAAGACGCCCGCAGAGUCGAUGAGGCUGCUGAUAGAGAUGUGUGCAUGCCAUGGCGCUGGGUCUAUCGUGGCUAGUCUACUAAAAGGCUACGUGGAAGAUCAAAUGAGCGUCCUCACUUUUGCGGUCUUGUGCACGUCACAAGCGCUGUUUACUUGGACUGGAGCGAACGACCACGCCGGCCUGAUCAUGUUUGUCUGCUUCUAUGGUUUCUAUUCGGCGAUCGUCGAGACGCUCCACCUGGGCUGCAUGUUCACAUACGCAAAUUCAUAUCCGGAUGCAGACCAAACAGAGCGAAUGCGCUACAGAACCAGUUUCUUGUUUGUGGCCAUGGGCGUGGGCGCGUUGGCAGGAGCGCCUGCUACCAGCAUGCUUAUUCAGAUGGGGGGAAAGGUGCUGAUGUUUGUGCUUGCCGAUGCGAUGUGUGCAACGGCGCUGCUUGUUGCUGCCUUCUGCCUUUUUUUGGCUUUGGUUCUGAUGAGCCGCAAGAGUGGCGAGGAUGAGGACGACUAG